AUGAUGGUCAAGACUUCACAGAGGAAGCAUCGUGACUGGGUAAACCAAUCUAAGCCAAAGCCUGGUUUAAGCAUCUCCAUCCCUUUGAGGAUGUCCAGUUACAUAUUCAAGAGGCCAGUUACGAAAAUCACAUCCCACCCAGGCAAUGAGGUCAGAUACCAUCACUGGGAGGAAACCUUGGACAAGCCCCAACAGCUGUGCUGGCAGAAGAGGCUUCAAGGGCUCCAGGCCUGUAGCAGCACAGGACAACUCUUAAGUCCCUUCGAUCUUACCAAAGCCUUGCAAAAACUUGUGCCUAACCGCACAGGUGAGUCCCUGCCAGGUGUCCUCGCAGGUAGUCCUCAUGGCAGCUCCAUGGCCAACUCUGCUGGGUCCUCACAUUUGGCAAAGAUGAUUCCAGGAGCUGGUCUGGGUAACCCACAGAUCCCCUGCAAACAAUUCCUGGUAACUGAGAAAGAUAUCAGAAAACAGGAAAGGAAAAUGAAGAUGGCAAGAGAGAGACUGGCGAUAGCUUUGAUUGCAGACAGGCUUGCUAGUGAGGCAGAAAAAAUGAGGGACCAAGAAGGGCAACCUGAAAAACCCUAG